UGGUGUAUAGAGGAGUACAGGUACCAUUUCUGCUAAGAUUCCCGACCAAACCGGUACCCAAAAAACCGGUGUAUAUGAACCAUUGAUAAAAUCUAUAGAAAUGAAUCUGGGGCAUUGGUUUUAGGGUAAGGAUAAAUCCCUUUCACCACCUCAUUUCUUCUUCAUUAUCUCUUCUUCUUCCGUGCAGAGACGGAAACUUUUCUCUCUUCUUCUUCGCCAUACCACCACCUUAUUCAUCGUCACGGAGAGGGAUACCACCACCACGAAUCCAAAAUAAUCUCCAUUUAGUUCUCAAUCAUCUUCUUUUUCAUCUUUUAUUUCUUUAGUUUUUCUUCUGUUACUUCUUUUUUUCUACAGGUAAUUCAUAUAAUUGAUUUAGGUUUUCGUUUAAUUGCAUGUUUGGUUUGAAUCAUUUAAAUGAGAAUUGAAAGGGUUUUUUUUUAGAUGGGAUUGAAAUUUCAUAUUGGUUCCAAUCAGUUUCUUGAAUGGAUUGUUCAACCAGUUCCGUUGAUGAUGAUUUUGUUCGAUUAGGUUAGUUAAUUUAUUCUAUUUUAUUUUGUUUGAUGAACACAGUAUUUAUGAGAUUAGGGUUCACAGGAUUCACAUGAUUCUGUGCAACUGGGGUUUGUUUGAUUUUUUAAUAUUUAGACAUUAUAUUAGUAGAUUGAGAAAUUAAAUUGAAUCUCGGAUGAUUGUAGUAUGUUUGAUCAUUACCCAUAAAUUGAUUUUAGAUCCAUGAUCACUUCUUCUUCUUCACCAUCUCUAAUCGCAUGUUAGGGUUUGUGAUUCUAUUUCUGGGGAUUUGGGGUUUGUUGAUGUUGGCUUAUUGCUGCAAUGCAAGAAUGAUGUUGUUAUGUAUGGAAUUGAAGGGUUAGGCUACGAAUUUGAACUCAAUAACGAAAUACAGGUUGGGUUGUGUAUGAAAUUGAAAUUUGAUUCAGGUGGAGAUGGAUUUGUGGUGUUCUUGAGAUGAGGAGAGAUGGGUUUGUGCUGUAAUGGAUUGAUUAAUUACUGUAAUGGAUUUUGUUAUCUCUUGAUCUUGUUGAAUACACAUAAAAGUGUGAAUUUAUUUCAUUGUAAUUCAAUACUUUGAUCAAAAUUAUCUCUUAAAUUGAUUAAUCACUGUAAUGGAUUUGGAAUUUUGGACAUUUUUUUUGAGUAUUAAUGAGUUUAAAUGGAGACAUAACUGCAGUGAGUAAAAACCCGGAAUGAGGUGCUGGUCAACUCCAGGUACAAGUCCAGGUACCGGUCCUCAAAGUGAGGUGCUGGUCAACUCCAGGUACAGGUACCGGAUUCAUAAGAAAUAUGGACUGUACCGGCCCAUGUGCAGCCUAGAAAUUAUGCAUUUGUGUUCGUUUUUUUCUUCUUAUAGUUUUCAAGCAUUUGAUUUUCUCUGUAUGAGGAUCUGAGAGUUCGAUUUCUUCCUGGUCAACUGAAAUUCUCUUUAGGUUGCACUCUAAUCGUGUUUCAUUUUCACCGGAAUGGAUAUUUGAGAUUAGGGUUACUUUUCUUUCCCCCCUGUAGAAGUAUUUUUCUUUCUCUUUUUGCAAAACCACACUUUUAGGGGUUUAAUGGAGGCUCAUAAUUAUGGAUCUGGAUUCAACAAAUUGUGUUCAAUUUGAACGCAGGGUGAAAACAAAUGGAAAUAAAUUUGAGUUUCCCUGAGGAGUGCUCCUCUUCAUUUGGCGGCUCGUGGUGGUUCGCUGGAUUGCACUAGAGAGUUGCUUGGGGAGCGGAUUGGCUAUAUAUGUAGCUGAGCUUAGCUCAAUGGAGGGGGAAAAUGGAGGUGCUGAAAUAGUGUUGGCUAUGUGUCAACUUUAAAUGGCUAAGAGAUGGAGGGAAUGGUAUUGAAUCAGCGGUAUUCUUGUGGCAGGAGUGCAGCCGAAAUCGGAAGCCACAACAACAGAUUGAAAGUUUGAGCUGAAACGAAGUGAUGUGAAUUACAUGUAUGCUAGGAUUGAAAUGUAUGAAACCUACAGGGAAGGAGUUGGUUUUUCCGUGCUCUUGGUGGUGUUAAACUGAGGCUUGGAGGUGUCUGUGAUGGUAAUGCAGUCAAAUGAGACCAAAUGGAAGCUGUGGUGAUGCAAGUAGUGGUUAACUUGGCUUUUUCUUCUGAUGUUGUUUCUCGAAAGAUAUUAACCAUAGAUGUUUUUAGGUCUCUGAUAGUUUUAUGUGCCCAUAGAGACACCGAGGUGCAAAGAUUGGCUCUUUUUGCUGUUGGUAACUUGGCCUUCUCUUUACACAACCGCCGCACUCUAGUUACCUCUGAAAGUUUGCGCAAACUUCUACUACGCCUGAUGGUGACAUCCGAUCUAUGCGUAUAUAAAGUUGUUUCUCGUGUUUUGGCGAUCCUCAAGGAGAAUGAGAAUCUGAGGCGAGCAUUGAAAGGAAGGCCAAUUGCAAAGCAAGGUUUGCGCAUACUUGCAAUGGAUGCUGGUGGAAUGAAAGGUCUGGCAACUGUCCAGAUGCUUAGAAAUAUUGAGCAAGGAACAUGGAAGCGCAUACAUAAGAUGUUUGACCUCAUAUGUAGCACAUCCACUGGUGGUAUGCUUGUUGUUGCUCUUGGAAUUAAACAAAGGAGCUUGGAUGAGUGCGAAGAGAUAUACAAGAAGCUUGGGAAACUUGUGUUUGCUGAACCUAUCAGCGAAGCUGCAACUUGGAGGGAAAAGCUGGAUCAAAUUUGCAAAAGCUCGUCUAGGAGAUUUAGAGUGGUUGUACAUGGGUCUAAACACAGUGCUAAUCAAUUUGGGAGCUCGUCACGAACCUAUUGUUGUGUGUAGUAACUUAUUUUUAUUGGUUCAAGUUCUGGUGUUGGUUGGUUGUACAAGUGGUGUUGGUGUUGGUCAUAUUAGUUGAAUAAUUUAUUAGGCAACUAUGAAAUUAGAUGCAUAACUUGUUAUGCAUUCUCGAAA